AUGGAGCAGCUAAUGAAGGACACGAUCAUCUGCUCCAACGACAUCAUCCGCGCAUUCAUCUCUCGCCGGGUGCUUCCCCUCCAACGUCGGUCUCACAAGAUAAGCCAGAUGUGUGGCCCUCGUGAUCCCACCAAGAUCACCGGCCUCCCACUAAGCAAAGAGGACGUGGUCCUCAAGGCAAAAGAGCGCUUUCCUCGCAUUGCUGCAGAGGAACGAGGCCCUUGCCGGAAGAGGGACCUAGACGAGGUCGGCCAGGAGUUCCUGGAGAAACUUGCCUCCCAGGGCAAGAAGAACAAGGCACCGGCGCCGGAUGCCGGUCCGAGCCAGGCUCCUCCCGCCAAGCGCUCCCGGCAGGAAGUUGUUGGCGGGAAGAAGGUUUCCUCGAAGCACUACCAGAAGAAGAGGAUGCUGAUCUCCAAGAGCGCCACCGGCAUGAGGCCGGAGAGCUCUGAGGAAGCCGCGAGGACCUCUCCUCCUCCUCAACCAAGCCCGGCACUAUCUGGUGCCGGCAACCUUUCUGCCUCCCCUCUGGGAGGCACCACAAGUGCGGGGCGCACGGCCCCUGAACCUUCAGAAGACCGCGCGGAGGAGGACACCGAUGCGCCUGAAGCUCCUUCGCCGCCCAAGACCGCGCCAGCGCCUCCAGCGGCUGCCUCUACCGGCGAGCCAGCCGCCGCCAAGCCAACACCGCCGCCAAGCCAAGAACCCGUAGCGGCCAAGCCUACAGCUCCGGAGGGCAUCGAGCUCUCCAAGCAAGAUGCUGUCGCGGUGGCCACCGCAGCCAGCUCCUUCUCCUCCGGCCCGCAGUCCCUCGUACUGCAUACCGGUCGCGCCGCUGUUGUGGCCGGGGAAACGGCUUCAGCUCAGCUGGGCCGGAUCACCGAGCUCACCCGCGGAGGAGCCGACCUGGGGCAUCUCCUUGAUUACGCUGAGAAGUGGAAUCAAGCGGAUCUGUCCCCAGCGACGCACGGCCUGGGGAAGGACAAGAUGCCGGCGAUCGAUCCCGCGGGCCCUCGAAGCACUGGGCAACAUUUUAGCCGGCUGCGGCGCGCGGUCAAGGAGUUUGACAACGCGUGGCACGACGCUACCAAUAAUGUUGUGCUGUUCUGGAAGCCUCCAUCGAGGCCCUCAAAGCUCAGCUCGCCACUCUUCAAGGAGCAGCUUUCCGCGGAACACCACAAGGUUAAGAGCCUUGUAGGUGAGCUAAAGGAGAAGCUCAUACAGGAUGAGGGCCGGCAUGCUCGGGAGCGGAAGGAGGCCAAGGCCGCAGCCGAGGCCAAGCUGGAUGAGACUCUAAAGGAGUGCGCCGAUUCCACCGCGGUGCUGUGGGCAGAGCUGGAGGAGGAGAGCGGGGCGCGGAAGGUGGCCCAAGACCGGAUUGCCCUCCUAGACGCGGAGCAAAAGGAGUACGACCGGCUGGUUGUUCAGACCGACGUGCUCGCCCUCAUGCUCUUUCCGGAUUCGCAGGCGCAUGCUCACAAUAAAGUGGCGGAACGCAGGGUGGCACAAGAAAUGAGCAACCCGGAUGCGCCCUGGGAUCCUUAUGACCACUUGGUCGCGCUCUCUGCCCGGAUCCAGCAUAUGCGCGCCGUGGACCGGCACCUGGUCGAUCUUCCGGAUCGCACCAUGGAAAUCUUCAAGGACUUGUGGCCCGAGGAAGCCGUGCCGGUGAACGUGACGCUCAUCUCCGACCGCCUCAGGGACGCAUGCCGGAGAAUCCGGGAAUGGAAGUGCUCCACGGCUCGUGCCGGAGCACGUGCAGCGCUACGCGUUGCUUGCUCUUGGUAUGAAGAUCUGGAUCUGGACGCCUUCCACAGCCUCCGCGGCGAUGCGCCCACGGAUAUGGAUCUAGCCUUGACCGCCAAGCGGCAGGAUCGUGCCUACCGGAUCGCGGAGUGCGCCAGCACCCGCACUUUCAUCCCUCCUCCUCCCGACGUCAAAGAUGCACUUUCUGACGACGAGGAAGAAGUUGAGGACGAGGAGGAUGAAGAAGCCGGUGAAGGCGAGGUCCCUCCGGAAGCUCCUGGUGCCGGUGAUGCUCCUCCUGAAGCCCCUGUUGCCUAG